AUGGAGACUGCAAUGCCUCAUUAUAAGGAGCUCGAGUCUGCAUAUGUCGAUGCCAUGGUGGCCCGGAUAGCAUCAGCAUCUGGAAACCAGCCGAAGUCGAAAUUCAAAGCAAAUGCCUUCCGGCAAGCUGUUGAAACUUUUUACGGGACAUCCAAAACUGAAGAAACGAACUUUAUGCCACGCAAACUCGCAUUCUGUCAUGUCUUAGGGUGGCUCUCGUCGAAGGAAGUCCGAGCAGCUCAUCUAGUCCCCAAGAGCCUUGAGGAGAGGUCGGUCGCCCACUUAUUCGGGGUUGGGGCAGUUACUAUAGAUGACCCCAGAAAUAGUCUCAUGCUUGAAAAGAACAUCGAAACAGCAAUGGACAUGGGAAACGUAGUGGUUGUAGCAACGAAAGCACCAUCAGCCGCAGACGAGAUCGUCCAAUGGAAGCUCGUUGUCACGGACCCAGCCCUCCUCAAGCACGUCGCUGCCGAUGGAGCCAAGUGGAACGUUCUACAUGGCAAGACAUUGACGUUCCUUGGACACAACAGGCCUGCUAAAAGAUACCUCUACUUCCGGUAUGUCAUGACCUACCUGAUGCUGAAAGACCAGGGCAGGUUGGACUGGGUGCAAGAGGUUGAGACUGGGGGAUGCAUAUGGGCAGCCCCUGGCAAGUAUUUACAUCGAUCAAUGCUUAUAAACCUUGCUCUUCGUGUGUCUGACCACUACCUCCCCGAGGUGUUUAACAAAUCUACGACCUUUGAGGACGAUGACGCAAGUACUGAGAUGGACGAAACUGAAGACACCUUGGCCAUCAACCUCGCAAACAGCAUGUCAAUACCAUCUCCUGAUAGCAAAAAGAGGGAUGACGCUGAAGAUGAGGAAGAUGAGGAAGACGAGGAUGAGAAAGGUGAAGACCUCGAGGAGUAG